UCGAUAUACUGCAAAUUCGUGGCACUUGACGCAGAGCCAGCUGCUUACCGAUGGUUAUUCAAAAAAUUGUUGCCUGAUCAACUUUAUACUUUAAGAUCACGAGAUGUUGGUCUUCUGUGAUAUUUUCGACUUCAAAAUACUUUUAUUUGCCUGUUUAAUGGCGUUUUUGCCAAACAAUUUAGCGGACGGUGCAAAUGAAGGCGCAGUAUCGCUUACUCAACAAAAUAUUGAUAUGACACUCGCAUCAAAUGAAUUGGUGUUUAUAAAUUUUUACGCGCAAUGGUGCCGUUUUAGUAACUUAUUAGCCCCUAUUUUUGAUGAAGCUGCAACUAAAGUGAGGAAAGCAUUUCCUGAACCAGGAAGAGUGGUGAUGGGAAAAGUUGAUUGCGACAAGGAAUCCUCUAUUGCUUCAAGGUUUCACAUUACUAAAUAUCCAACAUUAAAAGUUAUAAGAAAUGGUCAACCAACUAAAAGGGAAUACAGGGGUCAACGGUCUGUGGAAGCCUUUGAAGAAUUUAUAAAGAAACAAUUGGAAGAUCCAAUUAAGGAAUUCUAUGAUUUGAAGGAAUUAACUAACUUAGACGAUAAGAAACGAAUGAUUAUUGGGUACUUUGAUAGGAAGAAUGUUCCAGAAUAUGAAAUGUUCAGGAGGGUUGCCACAAAUCUCAAAGAUGACUGUCAAUUCCAUGUUGGUUUUGGCACUUGCUCGGCUCAAAACUGUGAAAUUGGAGAGCAUUUCCACUUGCUGAAUUCAAGCAGAGCUAUGCAUCCUCCAGAAGAACCUAUUAUUGUCUUCCGUUCGGAUAAAGCACUUUCUAACGAUGAGGAUGAGACAUACCAUGGAAGUUUAAAUAAUUUUGAUGAACUGAAUGUUUGGGCACAAGAGAAAUGUGUCCCACUUGUCAGAGAAAUCACAUUCGAAAAUGCAGAGGAAUUAACAGAAGAAGGUUUACCUUUUCUCAUAUUGUUUCAUGCACCUGAUGAUGUUGAGAGUGUUAAAAUGUACAAAGAUGUAGUCACGAAGACAUUAAUUGAUGAGAAACAAAAUGUAAAUUUCUUGACUGCGGAUGGUUUGAAAUUUGCUCAUCCUCUUCAUCAUCUGGGGAAAACUCCGAGAGACCUACCCUUAAUUGCGAUAGAUAGCUUUAGACAUAUGUACCUGUUUCCAAACUUCCAUGACAUUCACAUAGAGGGGAAACUAAAGGCUUUCCUACGAGAUUUGUAUUCAGGAAAAUUACAUCGAGAGUUUCAUUAUGGGCCAGAUAAUAACGAAGAACCUUCAAUUGUUGGACAAAUUAAAGUGCCUACAACCCCACCAGAAUCCACAUUCAAAAAACUAGCACCCAGUAAAAACAGGUACACGUUACUCAGGGACGAAUUGUAAUAAUAUUUUUAAAAUACAUCAAGACAUUGAAAUUUUUAUAAUUUUGGUAAUUCGUUUUUGUUAGUUACGUUACAGUGAUAAAAUCCAAAACAAUUGUAUUAUUAAAUUAAACUUUGAAUCGAACGUCACUCGCGUCUAGUAUCCCCUCUAUCGUUUACACAGUAUUUCGCUACAAUUAAACGUUUAUUUAGUGUAUUUUAAAAGGGGAUACAACCUUCGUGGUCAAUUUCAUGUUAAUAAGUCAAGGGAAAGUAUAUAUAAUUGCCUGUACCAAAUGUUAUAUACAUAUUAUCGAAACUCUAACUUGUAAAGUAUUGAUAAUUCAAGACACGUAGAUUCGAAAUCAUCGUAGAUUUUUACAUAACGCGUGCUUUUUAUAUUAACUUUCCUUACUUACUGAAGGUGAAGAUCGUUAACAAUUCUUAACACGGGAUUAUUAACGUCUAAGAUCGCUCUAUCUCGCAGUGUCAAUAUUCGUAAUAGAUUGUAACUUGUAACACGCGAUUUCUAACACGUUUGUAGAAUACUCUUAAGAUAAAGUGAACACAAAAGAAAGGAAACUCUGUCAAUCCAUAGGUGAAACAUUGUAAUAUAACGUUUUGUGUAAUCCAAGAAAUUUAAGCUUACGUUACCAAACAUGCCGCUGGCUGCAAUAACGGCGUUUGGUCUUGCAUCGUUGUAUUCUUCUCGAUUUAACGAGAUUUUCGGUAACUACGAGUUGUUCUCAAGGCAAGUCAUCUUUUGAUACUUAUAGUUAAUUAUCUUGAAAGUUUUUCAACAAAAUCGUUUCUUGAUUGCUUACGAGGACACCGACGGGUAACAAAUGAGCGCGCGAGCGAAUGAGCCGUUGGUUCGAUCGCGUUCGUUUUUUCGAUAAUCUGUGCGUGGGAGUGAGUGCGAACUUUGAAUCGAUUGUUUUGUUUAGGGUAAUCGCUUCUUGGGCAAAGUAUUUUAGGAAUCCACGCAUCGACGAAUUUCAAACGUUCGAAAUACUUGAAUAAGAAUAAGAUUAGCAGUAAUUGUAUUCAUUUCGUACGAUAUAGCACUAAGAUACUCCUAAGAAGCUAAUUAAAUAGAAUUUGUAUGGAUGAAGGUAUUAAUUUUUCUGUUAAUAAAGAAUUUCUAAGUCAGA